AUGCUGGGAGCGAAAAUUAAAGGUGGCCUAUUUUCAUGUAUGUCCAGUGUAUUUUUAACCUAUUCUACUGUGAAAGUAGUUACUGUUCCAAACACAUUAAUCGCAAUAUUGAAUCGAAUUAUCCAGUUUAUUGUUGUAACGUACAUAGCAGUUUAUAUAGUAUGGUAUAAAAAAGGAUAUCAAGAAUCUGUUAUACCAAAUGGAAUAAGUAUAACGAAGGUUAAAGGUCUUGCGCAAAUUGGAGUGAACGGUUCAACAAGAGACAACCAGUUUGUAAGAGUAUGGGACACAGCUGAAUAUGAAAUUCCUCCAUUGGAGAACAGUGCCUUUUUCAUAGCCACCAGACAAAUUGUUACGUUUGAUCAAGUGGAAGGCACUUGCCCAAGUUCUUUGAGAUCAAAAGCAUUUUGUGAAACAAACGCUGAUUGUCCAAAAGACAAACAAUCACCCACAAAAUUUGGAUAUUUCACUGGUAACUGUGUGCCAAGUUCGGAAGAACCAGCUAAUAAAACAUGUGAAAUUAAUGGUUGGUGUCCUGAAGAAUAUUCUUCAUCAUUGUAUGUAUUAAGAGAUAUGCUAUAUAACGGGGAAUAUCAAAUUAAUGAAAGCGAAUUGAACGAUUUUACGGUUUAUAUCAAAUCAAUUGUCACAUUUUUGAGAUUUAAUGCUACUCUACGCAAUGUGAAACCAGAAACCAACUUUUCCUGUUUAUUUGAUUUUUCCACUAAUCCAACGUGUCCAAUAUUCGAAAUUGGCUAUAUUAUAAAUUAUCUGUCAUCCAAAGCGCGGUAUGACGUUGCACCAUCGUUAUUGAAAGAAGGCGGCCUAAUUGAAAUUGAACAAAAAUGGUUAUGUAAUUUUGAUAUUGCUGAGAAACGUUGUUUUCCAACGUAUGAUUUUCGUUUAUUACAAAGUGGAAAUGAUGAAUUAUCACCUGGUAUUAAUUAUCGUUAUGCUUAUAAAUAUCGUGUAAAUUCGACAGAUGUUCGAAUAUUAAUUAAAGCUUAUGGUCUAAGAUUUAUUGUGACGACAACAGGACAAGGAGGAAGAUUUAAUAUUGUGAAUUUAUUUGUAGCUAUUGGUUCUGGUAUUGGUUUUAUGGUAAUUGCCAGUAUAAUGCAUUACAUUUCUACAUUUUUAUAUAAAUCAUAUUUAACGUGUCAACCCAAAGUUUUUGUUCAAUGUCUCCAUUCUACAAGACGAGUAUUUCAAACAAAUCAGAAAUUUUACCUUACAAAGAAAAAUAAAAGUGAAAAAAUUGAUUUAACAGCCAUUGUUCUACUGGUGAUACCAAUAACAACAUUUGGACUUGGAUAUUGGCAAAUAAAUAGGCGAAAAUGGAAAAUAAAUCUUAUUCAAACAUUGAAUGAUCGAACACAUUCAGAACCACUAUCACUAUUAGACAAUUUAGAUCGUUUACAAGAACUUGAAUAUUAUCCGAUUCGAGUAAAAGGACGAUAUGAUCAUUCACGAGAAAUUUUAAUUGAACCACGAUCAAGAUUAGACAAUAUGAACGAUAAUACAAAUCGUUCAGAAAUUGGUUCAAAACAAUUAAACAGGCCACAAUCACAUAGUAAUUCAUCCGGUGGUGCUCAAGUCAUUACACCAUUUAAAAUAUCAAAUCAAAACUUUUCAAUAUUGGUCAAUCGAGGAUAUGUAUCGAAUGAUUAUCGUAAUCCUAACACUCGUUUAUCUGGUCAGAUCGAAGAUGAACACGAAUUAAUCGGAUUAUUACGUAAGACAGAUUCGGCAAAUAUGUGGUUAAGAAAUGAGCCAACAAAAGGUUCAUGGAGAAAACGUGACGUCGAAGUUAUGUCUGAACAUCUAAACACAGAGCCAAUAUUUUUAGAUGCAAUCAAAAAUCCAUCGUUGACAAAUGUAGCGCCUAUUGGUGGACAGACCAAUGUUCAAUUGAGAAAUGAGCAUCUACAAUAUAUUAUAACUUGCGUUUCGUUAGAUUCAACAAGUAUUUUCUCAGAAAAACCUGCUAAUCGCACAUUAUUCGAUGUAGCGUCAAUGACAACAUUUCUAGUUCGAGAUUCGAAAUUUUUUAUGCCAUCAGAUAGAGCAUCACUUGAAACUGAUAAACCUAUUAUUAAAAAUCGUUCACAUACUGAUUGUGAAAUAUUAUGUCAUACAAGUCAUACAACUACAAUUGAUAUUCAAAAAUCCACACAAAAUUAUUUAUCAUCAACAACACAAAUACCAUUGACAAUAACAACAACGACCAGCCAUUCAUCAUCGUUAGCAACAUUAUUAACAAUUAAUAAAGAUCAAUUAUCAUGUCGACUAUUAUCAAUAUCUGAUGAUCAUAUUUAUACAUCAAUUUGUCGUUGUCUAUUUCUAUUAGCACGUCUCGGUGAUGGAUUAUUAUUAAUAAAAGUAACAUUUUUUAUUAAAAAUUAUUUACCGUGUUGGUGUCAAUUAAAUUGGUGUAAACAAAAUAAUGAUAGAUUAAAUGAAUUAAAUGAUGAAGAUUGUCCACCAUCAGAUUUAAUUGAUAAAAAAACAUCAAACUAUCGUCAUCGACGUCGACGUUCACCACGUCGUUAUAAAAUUAAAAUUCGUUUUGAAUCUCUCUACAUUCCGCAUGAACAAAAACUGAUAUGGACAAUUGAAAAUGAUCAACAAGAAAAAUGUCCAACAGGAUUUCAAUGA